AUGAGGCUCUCACCAGCCUGGACCACGCUGGGUUUCCUCCUGAUUCAAGGAGCAGCUCGAGCCUGCACAGUUAAGAGACAGGGCGGCGGCACCGGACGAUUUGCCAACGCCACCCUGGUGCGGCUGUCCGAGUUUCUGAGUGGAGGCUACAAGAAAGGAGUGAGACCAGUGAAAGACUGGAGGACGUCCACUAUGGUCGCCAUAGACCUGAUGGUUUACUCUAUUCUGAACGUGGAUGAGAAGAACCAGGUUCUGACGACGUACGUGUGGUACAGACAAUCAUGGACGGAUGAAUUCCUGGUCUGGGACCCAGAGGAUUUUGAUGAAGUCAAACAAGUGUCUUUACCCACUGCUAACGUGUGGGUUCCUGACAUCCUCAUCAACGAGUUCGUGGACGUGGGCAAGUCUCCGGACAUUCCUUAUGUCUACGUGACACACGAUGGACUGGUGCGCAACUACAAACCCAUCCAGGUGGUCACGGCCUGCACGCUCAACAUCUACAACUUCCCCUUCGACGUGCAGAAGUGCAGCCUCACCUUCCAGAGCUGGCUGCACACCAUUGACGACAUCAACAUCACCCUGAUGCGAAGCCCCGAGGAGCUGAGGGAGGACAAGAGCGUCUUCAUGAACCAGGGCGAGUGGGAGCUGCUCCACAUUCUGUCCAACUACAAGAUCUUCAGCGUGGACAAUGACGACUACUACGCCGAGAUGAAGUUCCACGUGGUGAUCCGGCGGCGGCCGCUCUUCUACACUGUGAACCUGCUGCUGCCCAGUAUCUUCUUGAUGGUGAUGGACAUUGUUGGUUUCUAUCUGCCGCCAGACAGCGGAGAGCGGGUCUCCUUCAAGAUCACUCUGCUGCUGGGCUACUCCGUCUUCCUCAUCAUCGUGUCAGACACUCUGCCUGCCACCGCCAUUGGAACCCCGCUGAUAGGUGUGUACUUCGUGGUCUGCAUGGCCCUCCUGGUCAUCAGCCUGACGGAAACCGUGCUGAUCGUGCGUCUGGUGCACAAGCAGGACCUGCAGCCCCCCGUGCCGCACUGGGUGAAGUACCUGGUGCUGGAAAGAGCCCCGGCGCUGUUCUGCAUCCACACGAAGCACCGCCUCUGCUCCCGGCUGACGUCACAGGCCUCCGACCUGGAGCACUACAAGGACAACAGCUAUGGGACGGCCCGGUGCACCCACCACCACCACACCUGUGAGAUUGGCCAGCGGCUCAGCCAGCACGACAGGGAGGGCGCUCUGCUGGGACUCGGCCUCCCUCCCUCCCGGGACCCCACACCCCCCGUCAUGGACAACAUCCUGCACGAGGUGACCGCCAUACGCCACUUCCUGGAGAAGAGGGACCGGUGCCGGGAGGUGGCCAAAGAGUGGCUGCAGGUGGGCUACGUGCUGGACGUGCUGCUCUUCAGGGUCUACAUGGUGGCCGUGGUGGCGUACAGCAUCACACUGGGCACGCUGUGGUCGGUGUGGCAGGUGGCCUGA